GCACCGAGGAUUAUGGAGACAUCACAGUUGAGUCUGCUACUCCUCGUGGGCGGCCUGUUCUACGCCCUCGUCGGUAUCCUGAUGGUCACAACGCACACGAGAGUAGCCAAAGUUACUCCAUUUAUCCUUUGCUAUCCGGUUAGGGUUGGAACCGUGUACCUCGUUCUGGCUGGGAUGCUGAUUGCAGCUUCCGUCGGCUUGUGGCUUUGGGAAGAACAUGAAAGGAGAAACUACAUCUACAACUUCAACAACAGCAGUAAAAACUUAAGGAAAAGGAGGAAGCGAAUACAUCCUUUCCUUCAAGCUUUUCCCGAAGCAAAUGCCGACUUCAUUACCCCUGAGACUCUACGGGAAACAGACUGGACUCACCUAGGGGAACGGAAAGUGCAGUUCACCGAGAACAACCCUUACUACUGGAUCAUCGCGAAGAGAGCAUGGCUAAGGGAAAUGCACCAAAGGAGAUUCCCUCGAUGGCCUAGGAGGGACCCACCCUGUUUGUAUCCUGAGCUUUUGGACUUUUAAGCUAUUAGGUCAGAGGUCGAGGGGUCAGAGGUCAUGGGUUUGGGGAUUGAAGGUUGAGCUUGUGGGUGUCAGGGGAUCAAAUGUCAGGAGGUUAAGGAUACAAAGAGUCACUUUAGAAGGGUGUUACAUGUGGGUCACGUGGUUAAAGGUUAGGAGUUUGGGGUUAAUGAUAUGAUUUAUAAGAAAGAUCCUUUAGGGCUAAUAAGUUUAGGGGUUGGGGAUCAGCUACUGUUUUACAGUGUUAGGGUCAAAGGAUAAGGGUUAA